AUGGUGCACGGGAAGCUGGAGGUCCUUCUCGUCUCCGCCAAGGGCCUCGAGGACACCGAUUUCCUCAGUAAACCUCUCCUCCCCUCUCUCAUAGCUUCCUCCGGCCGAUCUCCUUCCCUGGUCGCAAAAGUUCCUCUCUGUCUUGGUCGCUUGCUGCUCUGCUCUGUGAGCCAUAACAUGGACCCCUUCGUGAUCCUUACAUGCCGCACCCAGGAGCAGAAAAGCAGUGUCGCAAAUGGAGCAGGAAGCGAGCCUGAAUGGAACGAGACCUUCAUCUUCACCGUCUCUGACGAUACCCCACAGCUCCAUCUCAAGAUCAUGGACAGCGAUCUCACUAACGAUGAUUUCGUUGGUGAAGCAACCAUCCCCCUGGAGGCUGUGUUUCAGGAAGGCAGCCUUCCUCCGGCAGUUCAUCCGGUCGUCAAGGAGGAGAAAUACUGCGGAGAGAUCAAGCUUGCACUCACCUUCACUCCAGCAGCGGUAUAUCACUAA